GUCUCUCUCUGCUAGAAUAGAUUGUGACAUAUUGAAAUGGAUUUGAAAGCCGCUGGUAUAAAAGACCUUACACCCUUCAAAGUACUGCUUAUUUCAUAGUUACUUCAAAUAAAGUAAAUAAUGAUUUAAAUUUCGACUUUUGAAUCCGAAAGAUCGUACUGGUAAGGUUUCGGAUCCUCUGAUUUUCCAAACCUUCUUCAUUUUCAUCCUCUUUAGAUCCCUCAACCUCUUUCACAAUUUUUGUCUUAUCUCUCAACUUCAGUUGCGGCAGACUUAAUGGAGUUUUGAUUGAUGCACAGUUUUCGAGUGUCUGAUGGAUUUCGAUAAACUGAAAGUAACUGAUGGGCUUGAGGUGGCCCAGCAGAAUGGGGAUUAUAUGCAAUUUAUUGUGCCUGGAGAACAUAGGGAUGUUUCAGACGAUGCUUAUGGGACCGUUGAAGAGGUUACAGAGACUGUUGGGUUAAAUGGAGACUCAGGAAGUGUUCCCAAGUUGGUCGAGAGAAGAAUUAGUGGGGAGGUUAGGGAUGGAUCAAAUGCUAACGUGGAAAGCAAUGACUCCAAUGUUUCUCAGGUUGGGAAAGUUAAAAAUGCUGAUACCUCACGGGAUUCCAAACCUGUGAAGGGUAAUGGCACAAGCAAGAACGAGAAGCCCUUAAAUCCAAAAAGCGUUUCGUCAACCUUGAUGAAGAAAAGUAGGGAUGGCAAAAAUGCUGAGGCAUCAUCAGCUGUUUCAAAUGGUUCUGUUGGCAUGAAUUCACACUCCAAACAAUCUUUUAAAACCAGGUCUUUCAAUGACAGACUGCCCCAUUUAUCUAAGGUGAAGCAAUCUGGAAAUUCUGAUGCAGCGUCAUCUGAAGGCCUUGUGGAGAAGACAAUACGGAAGCCUGUGAAGAAAGGUCCUGUUGAAAAAGCUGAAGAAGAUGUAGAAUCUACUCUGUAUCCCUUUAUUGUUGUCUUUCUCAUCCUUUUGUGGUUGAGACGGGGUGUCAUCUAGGUUUCUUUCAAAUAUUUUUUGUUCUAGAAUCCCAUUUGUAGUAAAUUCGCAUUUAUUAGUUUAUCCUUAAGUACUUUUUAGUUCUACAGCAGGAGAUACCAAGCCUCGGAAGGCGGGUGCACUUCCAAAUUAUGGUUUCAGUUUUAAGUGUGAUGAGCGAGCUGAGAAAAGGAGAGAGUUCUACUCUAAACUUGAGGAGAAGAUUCAUGCCAAGGAAUUAGAAAGAAGUAACUUGCAAGCCAAAUCUAAGGAAACUCAAGAUGCGGAGAUUAAGAUGCUCAGGAAGAGUUUGACCUUUAAAGCAACUCCCAUCGCGAGCUUCUACCAAGAGCCUCCUCCUCCUAGAGUGGAGUUAAAGAAGAUAUACCAACAACAAGAGCCAAAUCUCCCAAACUUUGUAGAAAGAAGUCCUUGACUUCUGUGGAAACGGAUGGAAAUGGUAACCCCAGCACUCGACCAAGCCAACUAAGUCUGGAUGAGAAAGCAUCUCAGAGCAACUCUGCCAAAGGAAUUUCUCCUGUACAAUCGAAGAAGCCACAACGGAAGUCCCUUCCUAAACUGCCUUCUGAAAGGAGCAAUUUAAACAAUUCCAGCAAGGAAGAAAAGAUGACAUCACCAAAAGCAGCAAAUGAGGAAAAUACCACUUCAUUGACUGCAACAAAGGAAGCUGAUUCUCUCAUCCAGGAGUCAGCUUCUGCAACUGGUUCAAAAGAAACUCAGCUCGGUGCAGAGGAGGAACCAGCAGUUGGGGAGCAAGAUGAACCCACCUUAGUACAAGAACCCAUGGCAUUGGAGGGUCAAGUUCAUUAGCAGUUGGAAUUGGAUGCUUAUACAAAGUUGUUGACUUGAUAUUGCGUAAAUAAGAAAGGUUUUAGACUCAAACUAUUUGAUGAUGAAAGAGUGAAGGAUUCUGCAUUUGGGUUGUGAUGACAUAUUGUCCAUAGUUACCAGCAUUGGUUGUUUGUGUGCUUGCUUAGAAGCUUGCUGGUCUUGUCACUAAGAUUCUGCAUUCCUAAUUGGAGCAGUGUGUGUUAUAAUUUGCCAAGUUGCUAUCCUAAUUGAUGUUGUUUAGUUGCCAGCUUAGUGCAUUAUCACAGGUGUUGUUUGUUUAAAGGGGUUGCGCUUGAACAAUGGAAUUGUCAAUUAAGGCUGAUUUUGUGUUGUGGACAAUUUUUUCCCCCUUUCUGUGAACUGCUUCUUUAUGUUCAUCUUUAUAUUUCUGUUGUAAUGAGGUGUUUUUCUUUUUCAAGGGUUCCAUUGAA